AUGGAGAGAUCAAAACCAGCCCCCAGCUCAACCAGCACCUAUGGCCAGGCUUACACCCCUUGCUAUAAGGCAAAGUGCCGGUGUGUGCGUGCUGCAAAUGGCGACAAUUGCGAAAGAUGUAUCCGCCUUGGAAAAAGAUGUGAGGCAUCAGAGUCGGUUCGCAAGCGUAAUACUUCAACAACCCCAGCCGAUGUGUCCGAUACACGCAUCGCUCGGCUAGAAGACAAGAUGGAGAGCUUGCUUUCUGCAAUGACAGCUUUUGUCAGUACUCCAGGGGGCUCAUUGUCUUCAAUCAACAUUCUGCAAACCCCUUCCUCCAACAGGGCUCUGGUAACUCCCACAAGCACUAAUCUGUGCUUCAAUGAGGGGCCUGCCUUUUCGACGAAACCAAUGAACACAGUAUCGCCAAAUUCCAAUUCGCUGUUGGGGUCUAAUCCUUAUUCUUUGUCGCCUUCUUUUCCCUUGGCAAAUCUGUCCGACGAGCGGCUUCAUUUUUUCCGAUCUCGCAUGCUGCCGUCUUUCCCCUUUCUCAACCUUACCCCAGACAUGACGAGCUGGUAUCUACGUCAAAAAAGGCCAUUUUUGCUCCAAUCCAUUCGCACCGUUACCACUUUCUCGACACAGGAAAGAUUCAUCCAAUCUGAGGAGUUGAAGCGUCUUCUGUUGACAUCUGCUUUGAUCAAAGUCGAGUCAAAUAUCGACCUACUGCUUGGACUACUAACCUAUCUAGCAUGGAGUACCGACGCCUUUCUUGGCAGGGCAGAUCUGGUCUCUCGUCUCAUGAUGCUCGCCAUCUCAAUGAUAUAUGAUCUGUGGUUGUUUAAAUCAUCCUCGCCAGACGCACAAAUCAUGAUGACUAUUACUCAAGGGCGGGAUGAAAAGGGUCAUAUUCCCGGCGACGAAACACCCCAUGACUUAUUGGAAAGGCAGCGGGCAGUACUGGCAUGUUUUAUUUUGAGCUCCAAUGUUUCGUCACAUCUUAGGCGUCAAGAUGCUCUACAAUGGACUCCACAGAUGGAAGAGGCACUGCAAUUCAUCACAAUAAGCAAGGCAUGCGCCGCCGAUCAGCUGUUCGUCGCUCAAGUACGCUUGCAACUGUUGAAGCAGAGAGCCAGCGAUGUCCAACAGCAGGACGAGACAAAUUGCACUCGCACAGGAAUGGCUUCUGCGGCCUCAGUUCCUCGCAUAUUGUAUUUGAAGACCUUACGAAGGCAGCUACAUGAGUUGAAGUCUUCAUUUAGUGCAGAUCUCCAACAGAUCAAUAUUCUCAACACACAUGCGCAAUACGUCGAAUUGUACAUCAAUCAGCUAGCGAAUUCAAUCAGUCAAGAUGCGCCUCCUCUAGAUCUAGCUGGCAGACGGGGUGACGGUGGGAUUCUACGGGGAUUUGAACGCCUCGAUUGUUUAUGGCAGUCUGUCGAGAACGUCAAAUCGUGGCUGGCUACCUUUUAUGAAAUACCUCCCUCAAAGCUCGUCGGUCAACCCUUUCAUUUUUGGUCACAGAUGGUUCUGAGUAUCACACUCUUGAAAUAUCUUUCAACUCUUACAGACCCAGAUUGGAAUGUCCAAGCGGUUCGAAGCAGAGUUAACCCCAUAUCGACGAUGGAUUCCAUGCUGAACAGGCUCGGGAUGUGCAAUAAGGAGCCAGAGCUUCAGUGCAGUGAUCAUCUCCUGGGGUAUCUAUCCAAACUUUUAUUCAGAUGUCGGGUUUGGGCUGAAUAUCGGUGGGGUCUAUCUUCUGAUACCAGGGCGUGUCAGAGUGAAGGUCACAGUAACCAUAUCCCUGAUUUAGAUGAGAUGGUCUGGAUGUAG